CAGGAACUCUCAUCCUACAACGCUGCAUCUGCUUGUCCUCCUGCGACCUUCUUCUUUCUCGGUUGCGGAUCUUUAACAUGGAUUUAUUUGAUAUCAUGGAAGGCGUGAGUGGCAGGGAUGACAUGGAUGACGAGGAUGGCGACGAUGACAUGAAGGUUCAUCACAUGCUUGGAGACUUGUCUCCUGCCCAAUUUGCGCUGCUGCCAAAGGAGAGACGCGAGGCGGUGUUUCGGGACUAUCUUGUAAAGGACGGCGAACUCGUUUUCGCGGACCGUUAUUGGGACUACGACGACGAUGGUAACGCCGAAAUCGCUAACGGCGCCUUGCUGCGGCAGAGCGACUUCAUGGGAAGCAAUGAGGCUGGGAAGCAGCUUGUCCGAGAGGCGCAAGAGAUAUACUUCAGAGAAAACACGUUCUUUGUGGCAUCCAGCUGCCUGGACGAGUUCGGGCAAGACAGCCUUGGCGACAAGGGAACUCGUCGAUAUCCAGCACCUGGUGCAGAAGCUCGUAGUACAGGUGGACGUGGAGGAUUGGAGGGACGACUGCAGUGACAAUGGCGAGGAGGACCCGUUUGUGGUGAAGGAUCUCCAAGAACUGUUCAAGUUCACAAACGCCGAGGCUAUAAUGAUCCUUGUCGCGGGUGGUG